AUUCUAUCUAGUUCAGCCAUGUUUCGGAAGGAAAAAAAUCGAUUCAACUUUUUUGUUACUUAACGAACGUUAAAUUUGGCAAUGGAUUUAAACUUUGAGUGAACCCUUAACGUUUGUGUCAGGAAAACAAACAGACCUAGCUACUUGAUUGAAUGACAUGAAUGUAGUUUAUGAUUCCGUUCUUGAAGUUUAUAAUAAUGGAUUUUUCUAGUGAUCAUUCUUCUAACUAUUCGACUGCUAUUGAUGCAGCAUUUCAAUGUAUAACUUCAAGUCACUCUAAUUCUCACAACUUAUCUGAACUUCCAUGGGACAGAUUUUCACGAUGGGUUUAUUGUAUAUGUGUAGUAACUUUCGAUUUAGAACUCGGACAGGCAAUGGAAAUGGUGUAUCCUGCUCAUGUAAAAUUAACAGAAAAAGAGAAAGCAAGUAUAUGUUACAUGGCCUUUCCAGACUCGAAUUCCGGUUGCAUGGGAAAUACACAGUUUUACUUCCGCAUGAGGCAGUGUCCCGUUAGACGACCCAACCUUCAAGUUCAUGAAGAUUUUAACAAAUCUUGUAUGGUGCCCCUUCAGAUAGAUUUUUGUCAUUAUCUGGGGUUUGUGUAUUUUCGACAAGUGAAAGACAAGAGUCUUCCGAGAGGUUACUUUCAGAAAUCUAUGGUAUUGUUAACAAAGCUUCCACUUGUCUCUUUGUUUACCGAAGUUUUAGGAAAAAUUGCACCCUCUUUCUUUUCAAAUGGUGAACCAUGUCUUGAAUCAGCUUGCCAUGAUAUUGACCAAUGGCCACAUCCUGCACCCGGUUUACCACUUAGUCUUCCCUUGAUGGGUAAUGUCUUGCAAGUCUAUAUACCUAGUAGAAUUGAUGCAUCAUCUCCCAUCUCCAGAGAUGAAGAAUCUGAAGAAAACACGGUACAAAUAUAUGAAAAAAUCAAUAUCCCUUCUUCAUAUGAAGUAGACAUCUUUCAGAGCUUUUUACCUGUGUUAUCUCAUAUUCAGUUACUGUGGGAACUUGUAGUUACAUCAGAACCUAUUAUUGUGAUGGCUAGUUCACCUACAAUAACCUGUGAUAUUGUUCAAGCUUUAAUUAGCAUGAUUUGGCCUCUUAAGUACUGUUGUGAUUAUAGACCAUUUUUUACAAUUCAUGAUAGUGAAUUCAAGGAGUAUACAACAAAAGUACAAGCACCCCCUCCAGUGAUACUCGGAGUAACGAACCCUUUUUUUGCUAAAACAUUGCAGCACUGGCCUCACAUCAUUAGAAUAGGAGAUCUUCAAAGUGUGCCCAAUAAACAUAAAAUUAAAAGAGGAGGCAACAUCAAAGUUUUGGAUUCUAAACCAGGUCUGUAUACACAGUAUAAACCAUUUCUGAGCAAAGAUAAGGAUGUUUUGAAACAUAUUUUGAAGGGCAUUCAAUCUGAGCGGCCUGUAGAAGUACAGAAUACUAUUUUGAGGCAUUACCUUUUAGAAUUAACCCAGAGCUUUAUCAUUCCUUUGGAAAGGUAUAUGGCAAGUUUAAUGCCUCUUUUAAAAAAUAUAUCACCUCAUAAAGACACACCUAUGCCUCGACCUUUUAAUCCUGAUGACUUUUUGAAAUCAAUUGAGCAAUCUGGCCCACAGUUAACGAGUGGAAUCAAGGGCAAUUGGAGUGCUCUCUACAGAAGAUUUUUCAGAAGUGCCAACUUUGCUGGAUGGUAUAAUAGUAGGUAUAAAGAAGUAACUUAUAAGCUCCAGGGUUUACAUAUUCAAGCAAUUUCAGAGGCUGAUAUGCUGGAGUGGAUUAAAGACAAGGAAGAAGUGGAAAUAGUUGACUUAGUCUUACGAUUGCGAAACAAACUGGCUGUAGUUGAAAGUGGAAACCUUUCAUUACCCAAAAGAACAGCUGAAAAACUGCAAUCUCAAGUCAGUGCCAUUAUUGCAACUUUGCCCGAUGAUUUGCAAAAUGUGUUAAAAUAAUAUGAACUUACCAAUGUUUUUAAAUUUAUUUAUGUACUGAGAAUUUUUCUAAAAUAUUUAUUUUAUGUAUAUAGUGUAUUGCAUAAUCUUAUUACAUUACUUAACUUCAUUUAUUUCACCAGUUUUUCAUUUGUAAAUGCGCAAUAUCAAGUAGAAUAUAUUUUUUAUAAUCACUGUUUAUAUUUCAUACAUGUAAAUAUUCAUUUUUAUAUAAAAAUAGUGCCUUAUAGUAAUUAAAGCUAUAAGAGAGAAUGCCAUUCUCAUGUACAUUUAUGAUUUGCGUUAUGAAUAAAUGUGUGUCAUUUAUUUUUUCAAUAUUUUAAGGAAAUUUAAAAUAGUAAAUAAAUUAUAUGAAAUCAAUAAUAUUACAGUUGGCUCUCUAUUUAACAACUUUAAAGGGACCCUAUAAAGUUACAUUCAAGUAGCAUUAAACAGAAUUUUUUUAAAAGUUACAUUUAGAGAGCAUUCCUUUAAUAGACUUAGUCAAUAUAGUGGCUUGAUUAAAAAAAAAAAAAUUUAUUUUCUUAAAGGAUUAUUAUUAUUUUUUUUGCUAAUUGGUUUUUGACACAACAGAGGUAAAAACCAUGAAGAUAAUACUUUUUUCUUUAUGUAAUGGUACAGCAGACAAUAAAUUUGUAAUAAAAUUUUCUUUACAAUUUAGAAAUCAUUAUGUACAUAUUUAUUUAUGUAAUUAUUUUAAUAUACUAUCAAACAUAAAUAGUUGUGAUUUAAAUAAGUCUUAAUUUGCGAGAAAGCUAAAAAUUAAAAUAGAAUAUGUUUAAAAAGAUUGCAUGUACCAAUACUGAUAUUGUUACAAUACACCUCUAUGCAAUUCAUAGUUUGUUACUAACUAAUUGAUGAACUACUUAUUUGAUUUUAAAGCUUUUAUUUAACUCACUGCAAACCACAAUUGUAUGCACCUGUUUCACAUAAAAAUUUUGAUUGUUUGCCCUUUGAUUGUUUGAUUGAUUACCUAAUAAACUUAAUGGUAUUAUUCAUAAGUAUGUAAUUUUUUUGUUGUAAAUGAAAUAUAUAUUUAGAAAAGACAGAAGAAACAAAUAGAGCAUAUUAGAAUAAAAUUAUUUAUCAAUAAAGUAAAGCUUAUUUCCUGCACACGAGCUAAAGAAUAAUUUACUUCAUUACUAGAAUAUUAUAAAUAAAAAUUCCAUUAUUCCGUAUGUAAAAUUAAUUCCUAUGCCUUUUAAUAAAAGUUGAAAUAAAAAUUAAUUCAAUAAAAUGAAAGAAGAGAUAUUUAUUAAGCUGCACUUUUCACCUGACAUGUAUGCCCAUAAUAUUCUCUAACAAAAAUUUAUAUUUGCCUUUAAGUAAGGCAUAUAAUAGGAGAGAAUCAAAUUGUAUUGAAGAAAAUUGUUGAAUCGAUCCUUUCAACCUUCUUCUCAAAAAUCUCCCAGACAAACACACUUGGAACAUGUCAAAAUAAAGUGUGUCAAUUAUAUAUUGAGGUGACAUGUCUUAGAAUAACAAGAUCUUCAAAAAUAGCAAGCAACCAGGAAUUUGUCCAAUUGCAUCCAAUUAUAUAAAUUAAAGUUGUUUCAGAGUGAAAUAUUUAGAUAUUAAUAGUUGAAUAUAUAUUGUGAAGUAGAAAUUUAGACAAUUUUCAUAUUUAUUUUGCUUAAGAUGUAUGGAAUUAUAAUAUUAUGUUGUAUCAAUAUUCUUAAAACAUUUUUUGCUAAGUAUCUUUCAAAACUUAUUUUUUAAAAUUUUAAUUAGUAGAAAUGAAAAAAGAAAAUACCAAAGAAAUUGGACUUGCAUUUAACAGAAAUCCAACUGAAACAUAACUAAAUAACUUUGAAACAUAACUAAAUUGCUUUUCAAAUGAAUGGACUGAAAAUACCCCCAAAAUACAUACUGUUAUCUACCAAAUUAAAAAAGGUCUUCACCAUGCUAUGAUAAUUAUGUCAUACAAUACACAUAAGAUUCUAUAAGGUAAAAAAUAUGUUCUUGAAUAAUCUUGAUUUAUAUUUUGACACUGGUGAUCCUUCUUAAAUGAAAUGAUUUGUCUAAAAAUAAUUUUACAUUUCCUUUAUUACUUUGAUAACUAAAGAAUAAAUUGUAUUGAAAUAACUAUCAAAUUAUAUCCAGUCUAAUUGGAGUUUCCUUUAAAAUGAAUUGAUUUCUAUAUUAUCUUAUACUGCUUAACUUUUAUGUUACUCUUCUAAUAUUCCCCUCUUUUAUUUCUUUAUUAAAUUCACCUUGUAAUGUAUCUAAUUAAUAUUUGAAUUACUUGGUUGAUGGUGUUCAUAGAGAUGCAAAUAAAUUCUUUAUUUCACUUUA